CACAUUAGAUUGCCAACGAAUAACAAAGAACUCAUCAUUUCACUUCAAAUACAAAGACGAUGGCCUCUAUAUUAUUUUCAGUUCUCUUGGCUCUAUCAGUACUCUCUUCACCCUUUCUCCUAAACGCAAAUGCUCAUUCAAAACUUGGCUUCAGCGCGGAUCUGAUCCACCGCGACUCUCCUAAAUCGCCUUUCUACAAUCCGACAGAAACCUCUGCUCAGCGUUUAAGAAACGCGGUUCACCGAUCCGUAAACCGUGUUGUCCAUUUCAACGGAAAAGAUGCAUCAGUUAACUCACCUCAAACUGAGAUAACCUCAGAUGGAGGUGAAUAUCUCAUGAAUGUAUCACUGGGGACUCCUCCCUUCCCGAUCAUGGCGAUCGCUGACACGGGAAGCGAUCUCCUAUGGACCCAGUGCAAGCCAUGCGAUGACUGUUACACUCAGGAUGAUCCUCUCUUUGACCCUAAAGCAUCUUCUACAUACAAAGACGUUUCUUGCUCCUCCAGCCAAUGUACUGCCCUUGAGAGUCAAGCCACUUGUUCGACAGAAAACAACACUUGCUCUUACACUUUGUCUUACGGGGACAAGUCUUACACAAAGGGUAAUGUUGCCGCCGAUACCGUAACGCUUGGCUCCACUGAUAACCGCCCCGUGCAGCUCAAAAAUAUCGUCAUUGGAUGUGGUCACAAUAACGCUGGAACAUUCAGCAAGAAGGGCUCUGGAAUAAUUGGACUUGGUGGCGGUUCGGUUUCGCUCAUUUCGCAACUCGGAGACUCAAUCGAUGGCAAAUUCUCAUACUGCUUGGUCCCUCUAUCUUCAGAAAAUGAUAAAACAAGCAAGAUCAACUUUGGAACUAAUGCGGUUGUGUCGGGAAAUGGAUCUGUCUCAACUCCAUUGAUCACAAAAUCGCAAGCGACCUUCUAUUACCUAACCCUAGAAUCCGUUAGUGUGGGUAGCAAGAAUAUCAAAUACCCAUCGGUAUCAGAUUCUUAUGGAAGCAGCGGCAAGGGGAACAUCAUCAUCGACUCUGGCACAACUCUGACCAUGUUCUCAACCGACUUUUACUCCGAACUCGAAGAUGCGGUUGCGUCCUCAAUCGAUGCUGAGAGAAUGAACGAUCCACAAAACGUGUUGAGUCUGUGUUACAGCGCAACCGCUAAGCUGAAUGUUCCAGUCAUUACUAUGCAUUUCGAUGGAGCAGAUGUGAAGUUAGACUCCUCCAAUGCCUUCAUACAAAUCUCUGAGGAUUUGGUUUGCUUCGCCUUCCGUGGGGACGACCAGUUGGCCAUUUACGGGAAUAUAGCACAGAUGAACUUCCUUGUUGGUUACGAUACCAUUUCUAAAACGGUCUCAUUCAAGCCAGCAGAUUGUGCAAAAAUGUAGCUGGUUCUUUCUAUUCUUAAAACUAUACUAGUUUUUAUUAUAACAAUAAUAAUGGCUGAAUUUAUUUUGGCCUAUAUUUGUUCUUUUAAAUUUCCCAUUUCAUAAUUAUGUUCAUGUAGAAUCCUUAAUUUGUUUCAUUAUAUGACAUAAUAAUAUAAAUGGGCUCUCUUCUGAA